AUGGCUCAACCAACGCCAAUUCCGCCGCCGUCCACAUCUUCAUUUUCACCGGGCGAAAUAGCCACCAUCGGCCAGGCGUCGCGUAUCCCACCAUUUUGGACCGACAUGCCUAAAAUGUGGUUUCUACGCCUCGAGUCAGUAAUGGGACCACAACACCAGGGGGAACAGGUCAAGUACGAUAUGGUAGUCAGCAAGUUGGGCAAGGAGGAGCUCAGCCAAGUAAGUGAUCUCAUAAGCAAUCCACCGGACCAAGGACGCUACACUGCACUGAAAACCAGGCUCCUCAGAGUUUUUCAAGCCAGCGCCGAGGCCCAAUUUAACAAACUCGUGUCGGGAAUGGAAUUACGGCAGCAGCGACCAUCUCACCUGCUAGCCAAGAUGAAUGAGCUCGCGAAGAACUCCGGUGCUGAAGGCGACACGCUCAAGAAUUUGUGGCUAGCGCGACUACCGGCAUGGAUUCGCGUGAUCUUGGCCACCAACAGAGCAGACACGAAACUAGACGACCUCGCCGAGAUGGCCGACAAGGUGAUGGACAAUCUACGCAACGGGGAGCUGUUGGCCGUGAACACCGGCUCGACCCGCAGCUCGUCAUCGACCCCAACCGUGGCAGAGGUGAACGUGGAGCUGCUGACCCAAAUGAAGACCAUGGUACUGGAGCUCAAGACGCUGCGCAGUGAGGUAAACGCCAUAAACAACCGCCGUCAUAAUAAUGGUGGUAGGCGAUGGGUGCGUAACCGUUUCCGUUCCAGGAACCGUACGCCGCAACGGACGCCACGCAGUGAAGAUUGGUUGUGCCGGUACCAUUUCCGGUACCGCGAGGCGUCACGAUGA